AUGCUACAGAUGCAUGGCGGACAACCUGAUCAUGGCACCGACAAUCACACGGGAGACGACCAUCAACGCGGGCGGGAAAAGCUGGCGACGUCGCUCUCCCUGCCAAAGAACCGUAGCACCGGCAACCUGGUUUCCGCGAGCGAGUCGUCACCAAAGCAAGAUCGUAGUAGAGUCCGAAUGUCGCUGGAUGCGUCUGCGGCGGCGGCGGCUGCCGCUGACCUUGAAGCCAUCACCAGGUCCCCCAUCAUGACGGAUCAUGAGCAUGGCCUAGGCCUUUCUGGCCUCCGCCGCAUAAGACAACAACGCCCUCCGUCCCGGAACCCAACACUACCGGGAUCUCGAGCCUCAUCUCGAAGCCCUUCCGUAGCCACUCUGUCUCGCUCCACCUCGAUGACUGCCAUGGUCUCUAGCACCGGCAACCUGCCGCUGGCCGGUGGUCCGGCAUCUCCUAGCUUCUCCGAGGAUCUCUCACGCUUUCCUUCCGAGUCUCUGCACUCGUUCUCUUUUGCCAAUCAGUCUGAAGACUUCUUGCACAACCGGCACAAUGUCUUGAAGCGGUCCAUCGAGUUCAUGAAGGACCAUAGCCUUCCCAUGAACUCAUCACAGGCGGCUCUUGCAAGUGCUCAAGCCAGGGCCAGCGGUGAUGUUGAGACUCAAAAUAUGCUUGACCUGCUCGCCCAAGCACAGCUGAUUAGAGCUGGAAAUCUUCCAAACCCUGAUGAAUCUUAUCAACCAGCUCCAUUGACAGGCCCUGCUGGAGCCUCCGAAGACAACGUUUUCGACAAGAACUUUAACCCUCGAGUGUCGAGCACUGAUUUGACUCAGCUCCGACAAACUUCUCCUGCGCCAAUGACCCGACGGUCACGAACUGAGACGACGAGAAGUCAACAACAACAAUUAAACCUCCGACGGCGAACCAUGACAGACAUAAUGUCGGUAUCUGUUCAAGACAAGUUGAUCGACACUAUGGCUCAGCCAUUUUUGACCGGCCAGCCCAUGUAUCAAGAGCCAUUGGCGUCACCAUCUUUGGCGGAUCUACGCAGCUCCUCGUCAUCCAACUUUCCUACUCAGCUCGGUCCCUCAGUUCAUGGACACACAAAUCGAUGGGUUCCGGCCGCCCAAGCGAUCUUUACGACGGAAGUGAAGCCUCCGUGGACAAUCAUUGCGGCAAACGACCUGGCUUGCUUAGUGUUUGGCGUAACGAAAGCCGAAGUGCGCAAGAUGGGCAUUCUGGAAGUGGUUCAGGAAGAGAGACGAUCGUGGUUGGAGCGCAAACUUCUCAAGAAAACAGAGGACGAAUUCUCGGAUGCCAAAGUGUCAUCGGGGCAAGCAACACCGGCAGCUUCGGCAGCUUCAGCAUUGCUCAACGGCCGAUCUGGUAUUACAGCUCAGCUCUUGAGCAAACCAAACUCAAGAACACAACCCCGGAGCUACGCCGCGAGGCGCGCACAAACCGUUCACAGUGGUGACCCUAGUCCUCCAAAGGCCCGUGGUGGAGGACACCAUCGAAACACAUUAUCAAGGGGAGUACUCCUCUGUGGUGAUGUUGUACCAAUCCAGAAGCGCAAUGGCGCAACAGGCUCUGCUAGCCUUUGGGUCAAGGAGAAGCGGGUAGGCCUCAUCUGGGUUCUGGAAGAGAUCCACGAAGACGUAGCCCACAUCUCCCUGGAUGAAGAUGGCAUCGUCCAAGAGGUGACGGGGUCCACGUUACCAAUCUGGGGUUUCGAGUCGAUUACUCCAGGGUUCGAUAUCGCCAGACUUAUCCCAAGAAUCCCCAGGCAGGGUAUCGAUCCCAAUACUGGAGAGAUUGAUUUCGCCCAGGCCACACGGCGAAGAUUCUUCACAUGCCCUUACUCUCCCACGGUCAACAUUCCUUGCACUGUCGAGCAAGUCAGGGGCAAACUACAACUCCGUAUCUCGACAUUCCCUCACAUGGCUGGAAUCGUGGUGGUUGAGCCAGAGGGUCUCAAGAUUCGAAGCUCCAACUCGGUCUUUUGCGGUGCGCUUUUUGGAUUCGAAAAGGCGGAUGGCAAGUCCAUCAACACCAUCAUCCCAGAUUUCGACAAGAUCCUGGACUCGUUGAUAGAAGAAGACGGGCUUCAGCUGCUCGAUGGUAUGGUUGUUCCUGAGCAUCGGUUCAGAAAGGCAUCCGCGUUUCUCGCUCUAAAGGAGCAUCGCCCUGAUGCUGCCUCCGCUUUCCUUCAUCCCGCUGGGUUACGCGCAAAGCACCGCGACGGAUCAGACCUGAAGGUUGACGUUCAAAUGCGCGUAGUCAAGAGUGAAAAGAAGACGCUCGUGGUCAACGAGACGGUGGUGGAAGGCAGUGAUGAGGAUAACGCCAACCCGAGCAGUGGCGACGAGGCGUUCGAAGUGACCCGUUCAGAAAUUGUGUAUGCUCUGUGGAUUACCUACUCCCGCCAUCUCCAUGGCACCCAGCCGAACCUCAACAAUCUCGAGUCCCCUACCCGGUCCGGAGCUGCAACGCCCCUUCAUCAGCCAUCUCCUGGCCAGACCCCGGCCCAUACUCCCCUAGAGAUCACCUCGGACGACGAGGCGCCCCGAAAGGAUCUGCUCGUUGCGGCAACCUCGCUCUCCAAGCAAUUAAAGGACCUGACUCUCAGUGCCGCUGCCAAGAUCACCGGCCAGCAAAAGCCUGCUCCCCAAGUUGAUGAACCACCUCCGCCCCCCAAGGUCGUUGAACCCCCUCAUAAGAAGACCAUCAACGACUACGUGAUUCUCGAAGACAUGGGCCAGGGUGCGUACGGCCAAGUGAAGCUAGCCCGAAAUAAGCAGUCAGGUAAGAAGAUUGUGCUCAAGUAUGUCACCAAGCGGCGUAUCCUCGUCGACACGUGGACCAGGGAUCGCAAGCUGGGAACUGUGCCUCUGGAGAUCCAUGUCCUCGAGUACCUCCGCAGACCCGAGUUCCAACAUCCCAAUAUCAUUGAGAUGCAAGGCUUCUUCGAGGACGACAUAAACUACUACAUCGAGAUGACACCCCACGGUCUGCCCGGCAUGGACCUGUUUGACUACAUUGAGCUGAGAACCAACAUGGAGGAGUCCGAGUGCCGCAGCAUCUUUGUGCAAGUAGCCAAUGCCAUCCAUCACCUGCACACCAAGGCUCGGGUGGUGCACCGCGAUAUCAAAGACGAGAACGUGAUCCUCGAUGGAGAAGGCAACAUCAAGCUCAUUGAUUUCGGGAGUGCUGCAUACAUCAAGAGCGGUCCUUUUGAUGUCUUUGUAGGAACCAUUGAUUAUGCUGCUCCUGAAGUUCUUGCUGGCAAGCCAUAUCGUGGUACAGAGCAAGACGUAUGGGCACUUGGCAUUCUUCUGUAUACCAUCAUCUACAAGGAGAACCCCUUCUACAGCAUCGACGAGAUCAUGGAUCGCGACCUACGGAUCCCCUUCACCAUGAGCGAGGAGAGCAUCGAUCUGAUCCGCGGCAUGCUGAACCGCGACGUCGCAGACCGCUUCGACAUCAACCAGGUCCUGGAGCACCCCUGGUGCCAGGUUGACGUCGCCUCAUGA